AUGGCUGAUCGAUGCGUCCAGUCAUGGGAGCCCAUCCACGCUGUCAGACUGCCUCAGGACUUCAUUGGCCCGUUCCUCUCUUUUCAGUGGUCGCCGUCUUCCCGCCUGCUUCUCGUUGCCAGCUUCGACCAGCUUCGAGUGUUUUCUGCUCUGGAUGGGAACUAUCAUGCCACCAUCCGAAACCCUGUUGCUCCCCAUCUGAAGCCUACCUACAUUGACUUUGGUGCAUCGGAUACAGAAAUCUGUGUCAUGGCCUCAUUCGGUCUCAAGUUGGCUGUCUUUGACCUUAACUCGUCCAAAGCCAUCGAGAUUGGGAGCCCCAAGUUCUCGUCCUCUACGGCUGUUCGCAGAGGCUUCUCCUUUCGCCCUCAGUCCAACCACCUUGCCCUAUUAACCAGGACAGCUGGUAAAGACAUGAUUAGCAUUCACGCUUUUCCCAGUAGGGAACUGCAGAGAUCGUGGGCCCCUGACACAAUUGAUGCACAAGGCCUGCUCUGGAGUCCAGAUGGGAGAUGGCUGGUUGUGUGGGAGUCGCCCGCCCUUGGCCACAAGGUCGUGUUUUAUACGCCAGAUGGCAAUCUGUUCAAGAUCUGGUCGGGUCCCGUCAACCCCACACACGAGGAGAAGGAUUUUGCUCUGGGUGCCGGUGUCAAGACGGUGCAGUUCUCUCCAGAUGCCCGCCUGCUUGCUAUUAGUGAUCACAGCAGAAGUUUAUCCAUCGUCGAUAUGGCAUCCACAAUGGAAGUGCUGCGGCUCCAACAUCCCAACAACCUUGUCCCCAAGGGCACGCUACAGAUCUGGCAAGAACGAAUCGGAAUCUCUCACGGUCCCAUCAUGCAUACCUUUAUCCGAGCCUCUCAAGCUAUCUCUCCGCCUCCGAGGCCCCAAGAGGCUGCUGAACAGCUGUCAGGUUGUGCUACCAUUGCCUUCGACCUGUCAUCGAAUCUCAUAGCAACCAGGAUCGAAGAAUUCCCUUCGACCGUCUGGAUUUGGGACGUACAAGCUGCAGUACUUCGUGCAGUUCUCCUUUUUCACGGCAGCGUCAGCACCCUGUCGUGGCAUCCUCACGUUCGCGAGACCUUGCUCAUAAGAUGUGAAGGAGACCACUAUAAUAGCGUCGUGUUUGUCUGGGAUCCUCUGUCCGAAGGGCCUCAAUCGGUCGACUUUAGCCAACAACUGUCCGGGUUUAAAGCAGUUGGUAAGUGGCAUGCCUCGUGGCUCGGUCUCGACGCAUCUACUCCCCUGUCCAUUUUCUACUCGGAUACCCAAAACUAUGUGUUGGCAUCUCUUGCCGAUUCGGACAGAGAGUCACUGCCGUGGAUCAACCCACGCAACCCACAAGGCGGCAACGGCCCGAGCCGCGCUGAAUCACCCCUUGAACUCGUUCCAGCAACAGAAGACGAAGCAGACGAAGAAGAUGCUUCACAGACUGGGGAUGACGGUGACAUUGUAAUGAAGGACACAUAUGGCUACAAGCGAUAG